UUCAGAAAAAAGAGUAAGAGAAACAGAGACAGACAAAGACCGAGAGAGCCUGGGUGAGACAGAGGCAGACAGAUGAGAGGUGGGGGAAAGACAGGCCGGCCGAGAUGAGCGGCGGGGACAGACAGAGACUGAGAUGAGACACAGGGGUAGAGAUAGGCAGAGAUGAGGGGCGGGGAGAGACAGAGACAGGCAGAGGAGACAAGAGGCGGGGGAGAGCCCGGUUUGGAAGUCUGGCUGGGCCGCUGGGAGGGGCCGGGCUCUGGUCUGCUCUGGGCCCGGGGGAGGCUGUCGGGAGGUUUUCAUUAAGUUUUUCCUCUUCCCCCCGGAUUGGGCUCUUCUCCCUCUCCCGAGCUGAGCGCGCCUCGCCAGCAGGCCUGCAUCUCGGCUCCCACGGCCCCAGACUCGCCCUCCUCCCGGACCCGGCCGGAGCAGGAGCAGGAGGAGGAAGAGGAGGAAGAGGAGAAGAAGGAGAAGGAGAAGGAGGAGAAGAAGGAGAAGGAGGAGGAGGAAGAACAGGAGGCGGGAGUCCUCCGAGGCUCGGUAGGCCGUCAGAACCAUGAACCUCUGCCUCCUUUUAGUCCUGCUCGCGGCCGAGGGAGGAAUCUGCACCUUCCGGCCCCUGGAGGAGUCUCCCUGUGACAUGGCCCAGCUGGACGCCCUGUGCCCCUCCCGGGGUCUGGAGCAGGUGCCCGCCACCCUCCACCCCGACGUGCGCAAGAUCGACCUGUCGGGGAACCGGCUCCUUAGGCUGACGGAGCAGCCCCUGGCCUUCUACGCGGCGCUGCGCCACCUGGACGCCAGCGCCAACCGGAUCAGCGCCAUCGAGGCCGGGCUGUUCGCCCGCCUGCCCCAGCUGACCCACCUGAACCUGGCCCGCAACCGGCUGGACCUCCUGGCCCCGCCCGGCCCCUCCGGGCUGGGCCUCCUGCCGCGGGUGGCCAGGCUGGACCUGUCGGCCAACCGCCUGUUCGACGGCCUGGCCGAGGCCUUCCUGCGCGCCGCCCCGGCGCUGCGCUCCCUGUCCCUGGCCGAGAACAGCCUCACCCGCCUGUCGGCGCGCAUGUUCCGCGGCUGCCCGGCCCUGGAGGAGCUGGACCUGCACAGCAACGUGGUCCUGGACAUCGAGGACGGGGCGCUGGACGGGCUGAGCCGCCUGUCGGUCCUCAACCUCUCCACCAACUCCAUCACCUGCAUCUCCGACUUCAGCCUGCGCCCGCUGCGGCGGCUGGACCUGAGCCGCAACAGCAUCGAGAGCUUCCAGGUGGCCGAAGGCCCGGACCCCCCCGGCGGCCGGGACUCCCCCGACGGCCCGGACUCCGGCCACCUGGACUCCCCCGGCGGCCCGGACUCCGGCCACCUGGACUCCCGCGGCGGCCCGGACUCCGGCCACCUGGACUCCCCCGGCGGCCCGGACUCCCCCGACGGCCAGGACUCCGGCCACCUGGACUCCCCCGACGACCCGGACUCCGGCCACCGGGACUCCCCCGACGGCCCGGACUCCGGCCACCUGGCCUCCCCCGACGACCCGGACUCCGGCCACCUGGACCCCGACCCCAGUCCCGGGCCCGGCCAGUUCCGUCUCAGCUGGCUGGACCUGCGGGAGAACCGCCUGCUGCGCUUCCCGCGGCUGCCCCCGGCCAACCAGCUGACCUACCUGAGCCUGGCCAACAACCUCAUCCGCCUGGGCCCGGCCGACGGCCCCGAGGGCGGCGAGUGGCCGUCGAGGGCCCUGGGCCGGCUGCAGCACCUGGACCUGAGCUCCAACGAGGUGGAGGCGGUGCCCGCCGGGUUCCUGGAGCCGCUGGCGUCCCUGCGGGUGCUGAACCUGAGCCGCAACUGCCUGCGGGCCUUCUCGGGCCCCGCGCGGGGCCCGGGGCUGGCCGCCCUGGAGGUGCUGGACCUCAGCCACAACGCCCUGCGCCGGUUCAGCGCCGGGGCCCGCGGCCUGGCCCGCCUGCGCCAGCUGCUCCUGCAGCGCAACGCGCUGGAGGCGCUGCCCCCGGCCACCUGGGCCGGCCUGGCCGCCGUGCGGCUGCUGGACCUGAGGGGCAACAGGGUCAGCGUGUGCGAGCCCGGGCCGGGGCCGGGGCCGGGGCCGGGGCCCGUGGGCGGGGGCUGCGCCGCCCUGUCCGGCCUGGCCUCCCUCCGCCACCUGGACCUGGCGGAGAACGGGCUGGGCCGCCUCCCCGACGGCGCCUUCCGGGGCUCGCCGCUGGCCGCCCUCGACCUGUCCGGCAACCCGGGGCUGCGGCUCGGGGCGCGGGCCUUGGACGGGCUGGAGCCGUGGCUGCGCGCCCUGCACCUGCGGGGCAACGCGCUGGCGGCCCUGGCCGUGCCCCUGGCCCUCUUCCCGCACCUGGAGCGCCUGAGCCUGGCCGCCAACCGGCUGAGCCGGCUGCCCCGCUGGCCGGCCGGCGGCUCCCUGCGGGUGCUCGACCUGCGGAACAACAGCUUCAGCCACCUGCGGGCCGCCGACGUGGCCGCCUUGGCCCGGACCCUGCGGACCCUCGACCUGGCCGGGAACCCGCUGAGCUGCUGCGGGAACGCCUGGCUGGCCGCCCUGGUGCGCGGCCGCAGCGCGCUGCUCCCGGAGCCCGCCAGCCUCACCUGCCGCCUCCCGCGGGGCCCGGCCGGCCGGGAGGAGGUGCGGGUGUGCCAGCUGCGCCCCGACGACUGCCAGGACGGCCCGGACGGCCCGGACGCCUGGCAGCUCCUGCUGGCACUGGCUCUGCUCCUGGCGCUGCUCCUCCUGGCGCUGCUGCUUCUACUGCUGGCGGGACCGGCCUCCUCCUCCUGCGCCCGGCGCUACGGGCUCCGGCGGCGGCAGCUCAAAGCCUGAGGGACCCCCCCAUCCCACCCCCGACGGCCCCUUCUCCGGGACCCCCGGGAGUCCGGGCGCCUCGCCCGCUCCCUCCAACCCUCGCCCAACAGCCGACGGGGUUGAAGGAGGAGCGGCGCG